AUGCUAAGGAGGGGUUCAAAUUCUGGUGAAACUAAAAAGAAAACAUGGAAACCCUCAGUGGAGGAUAUUGAAGGUUACUGGCGAAUAGUUGAGCAAACAACAGAUGAGGUUGAGGUUUAUUAUGGAGCUGACUUGGAAACAGGAGUAUUUGGAAGUGGGUUUCCUAAGGCGUUGUCUGUGGUAACCGGAAAUGAUUCGGAUCAGUAUGCAAUGUCAGGUUGGAAUCUAAAUCACUUCCCACGUCUGCCCGGUUCUAGCUGUCCAACAUUCUGGGGAGUUGUUCGUACUUUUCCGAGGGCAUACCAUUCUGGAUUUAAUUGUGGCUUUAACUGUGCUGAGGCAGUCAAUGUGGCCCCUGUUGAUUGGUUAGAACAUGGGCAAAAUGCAGUUGAGGUCUACAGUAAGCAGUGUCGUAAGACAUCAACUUCACAUGACAAAUUGUUACUGGGAUCAGCUCAGGAAGCUGUACAGGCCCUUUGGGAACUAUCAGUUCUUGGAAAGAAGACUACAAGAAAUAUGAGCUGGCAAAGUGUUUGUGGCAAAGAUGGUAUGCUCAUGAGAGCAGUUAAGACACGAGUGCGAAUGGAGGAGGAAAGACUAGAUCGUCUUCCAAUUUGUUUGAAGCCGCAAAAAAUGGAAAGAGACUUUGAUUUGAACAAUGGGAGGGAAUGCUUUUCUUGCUUCUAUGACUUACACUUGUUGGAAGCUCGCUGCAAGUGCUCUCCUGACCGAUUUUCAUGUCUCAAACAUGCAAAGCUUUUUUGUUCAUGUGACAUCAAUCAUAGAUAUGUCCUUCAACAUCACACUAUCAAUGAACUAAAUAUGCUAGUUGAAGCAUUGGAAGGGAGAUCAGAAGCCAUAAAAGUUUGGGCAUCUGAGGACACUACUGAUACGCAUACAACUAGACUGGAUCAUGAAAGUGGCAUGUUUCAUAAAAGAAUCAAGUCUUGUGAUCUAAGGGAAACUUGA